AUGAGAGUACUUCAGGGUAACCUGAAUAGGAGUAGGACGGCGUAUCACCUUCUAGCCCAGCUUUGCUUUGAGAAAAAAGCUGAUAUUGUUCUAAUCAGCGAACAGUACCAGAACAGAGCAGGAGUAGGAUGCUUCGCAGACGAAUUGAGCACCGCGGCCAUCUGGAUCCUAGAUCUCCGUCUAAUACAUGUGUCGGACCAAGGAUCCGGACGCGGUUACGUUUGGACGACUUUCAAACCAAUCUGGACGAUCUGGAAUACGCGCUGCGGGAAAUGCAAGGAGAUCUCAUUGUGGCUGGAGACCUCAAUGCCAAAGCUCUCGAAUGGGGGAGGCGAGGCCGGACUCCAGAGGAAGACGUAUCAUAGAGGUGGCGUCGAGACUGGACCUAUCAGUACUCAACACAGCGCACUCGACAGGAGCCAACGAGCCCCUGGAGACGAGCCCUGGAGGAGGAGCCCCUGCGACGUGGCAAUAGUCGCAGGCUGGCAGGUGAUCGAGGAUUAUACCGGGAGCGAUCAUCAGUACAUCCUAUUCGAUGUACAUGAUAGGAGGCCAGCCGUGACAAGUAUAAAGCGACCCCCCCGGUGGAACAUUGCAAGAAUGGAUCGAGAGAGGCUGUCUUCGGUCAUAGAGGUAGGAUGGAGAUUCCAACAAAGUACUUCCGCGAGUCUAUCGACACCUGCACAAGUCAGGUUGAUUAGCGCAGCAACCAUGCAGCUCAUCCAAAAGACUUGUGCGAUAGCGGUGCCAAACACAACGAGUGAAGAGACGCGACCACGACGCAGCUCCUUUGGCCGCAGACUAUCAAGCGGCCAAAGCCUUGAAGAGGACCAUCAAGGCCAGUCAACGACGGUGCUGGAAGGAGCUGUGCCUGGAUGUCGACCAGAAUCCGUGAGGAUUAGGCCGAAAAGAGAGAUCAGCUUGGAUGCGCCCGGAAUAAGCGGGGUACCGCAAUUCACGGAAAAAGAGCUACUCAGGGCCGCAUCAUCUAUGCGGAACAAGAAAGCUCCAGGUCCAGACGGACUUUCAGCAGAAUUAAUUAAAGACGUCGCGCAAAGUCACCCUGAACUAUUGCUGAACAUGUAUAACAAGUGCUUCAGGGGGGGCAUCUUUCCCGCUCCAUGGAAGAAAGAGAGGCUUGUGCUCAUUAGCAAGGGCAAGGGUCCAGUAGGGGCAGCUUCAUCAUACAGGUCUAUUUGUAUGCUCGAUAUGGUUGGAAAACUCCUGGAGAAGCUGAUAAAUCCAAGGCUCCGUGCAGCCGUGAAGGCAGCGGGGGAUCUCGCCGGCCGCCAGUACGGAUUCCGCUCCGACCUCUUCACCAUCCACGCAGUCCUGGUGGUAGUCACGGCCGUGAAAAUGAUGGAGCGAAGCAAUCAUCGAACUCGACCUCUACGCCUGCUGGCCACCUUAGACGUGAGAAAUGCCUUCAAUCCCGUCAGUCCCAGAAGGUACUAUCUUAGUAGGAUAUGCAGAUGUCAUAACCGCAAGAGACACGAAGAGGGUACUGUUUCUGCUCAAACAGGUCAUGCGGAGAGUUACCUCCUGGAUGGAAGACCACGGGCUAUCUCCAGCAGCCCAGAAGACAGAGAUCGUGCUAAUUACGAGGAAGCGCAUUAA